CUAAUAAAGUAAAGAAAACAUGAAGAAGGAAGAGAAAACCUUGUAUCCAAAAACACGAGGGUAGACUCACGUUCCAGUCAAAAACGUUGUCGCUAGUCUUCCUAUGGACCUAUGUAUUACCUUUACGCGCUUCUUCUUUGUUUAGCUACCACUUGACAACAUCCAACCACCGAAGCCAAAAGCUCGUUUCACACGCCACCGGAAUCUGAGACGUUUCAGCUACUCCGAUGCCCAGAAAACGGUCUAGAAUCAUCCCAUAAUGAAGCAAGAAUACCCAUCAGUCCCUUGUCAAUAUGUUACUUUCCUUGUUAUCAUGAUUCUUUUUCUACUGGAAACAGCAGUACUGGGAGAUCCAAGGUCACAAACAGUCCGUAUAACGUGUGGCCUCCAACUUGAACACAACAGCACCAUCUUUGUUCCAAAUUUUGUUGCUACAAUGGAAAGAAUCAGUGAGCAAAUGCGAGUUUCAGGCUUUGGAGUAGCAGUCACUGGUUCAGGCCCUGAUACUAACUUUGGCCUUGCUCAGUGCUAUGGGGAUCUCCCAUUACUUGACUGUGUAUUAUGCUAUGCUGAGGCUCGCACGAUUCUUCCCAAGUGCUACCCUUACAAUGGGGGUCGCAUUUACCUUGAUGGUUGCUUCAUGAGGUCUGAGAAUUAUAGCUUCUUUGAAGAGUAUAAAGGACCUAGUGAUAGGGCAGUGUGUGGGAAUACAACAAGGAAGAACUCAACGUUCGGAGCCUCAGUGAGACAAGCUAUGAGGCAUGCUGUUGAGGCUGCAGCAAGCAACAAAGGGUAUGGAAGGGCACAUGUGGCUGUGCCUGCGGCAGUGAAUGAGUCAGUUUAUGUGCUGGCUAAUUGUUGGAGGAAUCUGAAUGCUAGCUCUUGCAAAGCUUGUUUGGAUAAUGCAUCUGCUUCGAUGUUGGAAUGCUUGCCUUGGUCGGAGGCCCGAGCAUUGAACACCGGCUGCUUCAUGCGGUAUUCGAACAAAGAUUUCCUCAACAAGGAACUAGGAAACGGAAAUUCAAGAGUUACCACCAUAGUGAUAGUAGUUUCAGUUGCCAGUUCGGUGAUUGUUUUGGUAGUUGGAAUAGCAAUUGGUGUAUAUAUCAGGAAGCACAAAUAUAUACAAAAGAAAAGAAGAGGUUCAAAUGAUGCAGAAAAAUUGGUGAAAAUUCUUAAUGACAGUAGCUUGAAUUUCAAGUAUUCCACAAUAGAGAAGGCUACAAGUGCUUUUGAUAAUGCCAACAAGCUUGGACAAGGAGGAUUUGGAACAGUUUAUAAGGGAAUUCUGCCGGAUGGAAGAGAGAUUGCUGUCAAAAGACUUUUCUUCAACAAUCGACAUAGAGCGGCGGAUUUCUACAAUGAAGUUAACAUUAUAAGUAGCGUUGAACACAAGAAUCUAGUUAGGUUACUAGGUUGCAGUUGCUCUGGACCUGAAAGCCUUCUUAUCUAUGAACUCAUGCCCAACAAAAGCCUUGAUCGUUUCAUCUUUGAUGCAAACAGAGGUAAAGCACUGAACUGGGAGAAGAGACAUGAAAUUAUUGUAGGGACAGCAGAAGGUUUAGUCUACCUUCAUGAGAACUCUAAUAUCAGAAUCCUUCAUAGAGAUAUAAAAGCCAGUAACAUCUUAUUAGAUUCGAGACUUCGUGCUAAAAUUGCAGAUUUUGGGUUGGCCAGGACAUUCGAAGAAGAUAAGAGCCACAUAAGCACUGCCAUUGCAGGAACACUAGGAUAUAUGGCUCCAGAGUACCUAGCCCAUGGCCAGUUGACAGAAAAGGCCGAUGUGUACAGCUUUGGGGUGCUUGUGUUAGAGAUUGUUAUGGGUAAGCAGAACAACAGGAGCAAAACCUCAGAAUACUCGGACAGCCUAGUCACAGUAACAUGGAAGCAUUUUCAAUCAGGGACAGUUAAGGAUUUAUAUGAUUCAAAUCUAAUGCUGCAUAAUCACCACAACAGCAAUAUUAAGAAUGAGAUCUUGAGAGUAGUGCACAUCGGACUUCUGUGCACCCAAGAGAUUCCUUCAUUGAGACCAACAAUGUCAAAGGCUUUGCAGAUGCUAACAAAGGAGGAGUACCUUCCUGCACCAACAAAUCCACCCUUUGUCGACGAAACAACCAUGGAACUGAAUGACACGUGUGAAGACUCAUUUUACACCCUCAAAGCAGGAAUGUCUGAUUCGAUUGCUACAGUCUCCCAGAGUUCAUUCCGUCCCAGGUGACCAUAUUGCUGCCAUCUCAGGACAGUUGUAUCUGCCAUUGGUGACAUUUUAGGGAGAAUGAAUGGUUUCUUGGAGAACCCAGGUGCUUGCAAGUUCUCUACUCAACUGAAAGAAACCACAGGUCUCAGGUUACAAACAUGGCCUCAGCUUCUUUUUGCAAGUUCUCUACUCCAGGAAUUCCGGAGCCUUUACUGAGGUAGACAUUUAUGCCUACUCUUCCAAAUUUGGGUUUGAAGGAGUAUCUGUCACGGAAAAAAUGUUGCGUGGUCGAUGUUGUAAAUUUAUGUUAUUUAUUAACAUCUCAACUUGUCAAAUACAGGAUAUGGCAGUCAAAAUACACAAUUAGCAGUUUUCUUGUAUUAUUUGAGUAUAAACUUCAUAAAUGGAAAUCAACAUUACAAUA